AUGCAGGCGCGCUACUCGGUGUCGGACCCCAACGCCUUGGGAGUGGUGCCCUACUUAAGCGAGCAAAACUACUACCGGGCAGCGGGCAGUUACAGCGGCAUGGCCAGCCCCAUGGGCGUCUACUCCAGCCACCCGGAGCAGUACGGCGCCGGCAUGGGCCGCUCCUACGCGCCCUACCACCACCAGCCCGCGGCGCCCAAGGACCUGGUGAAGCCGCCUUACAGCUACAUCGCGCUCAUCACCAUGGCGAUCCAGAACGCCCCCGAGAAGAAGAUCACUUUGAACGGUAUCUACCAGUUCAUCAUGGACCGCUUCCCAUUCUACCGCGAGAACAAGCAGGGCUGGCAGAACAGCAUCCGCCACAACCUGUCGCUCAAUGAGUGCUUCGUGAAGGUGCCGCGCGAUGAUAAGAAACCCGGCAAGGGCAGCUACUGGACGCUCGACCCGGACUCCUACAAUAUGUUCGAGAAUGGCAGCUUUCUACGGCGUCGCCGGCGCUUCAAGAAGAAGGACGUGCCCAAGGACAAGGAGGAGCGGGCCCACCUCAAGGAGCCGCCCCCGGCCGCGGCCAAGGGCGCCCCGACGGGGACCCCGGUAGCGGACGCGCCCAAGGAGGCCGAGAAGAAAGUGGUGGUCAAGAGCGAAGCGGCAUCACCCGCGCUGCCGGUCAUCACCAAAGUGGAGACGCUGAGCCCCGAGGGCGCGCUGCAGGCCAGUCCCCGCAGCGCAGCCUCCACUCCGGCUGGCUCCCCGGACGGCUCGCUGCCUGAGCACCACGCCGCGGCGCCCAACGGGCUGCCAGGCUUCAGCGUGGAGACCAUCAUGACGCUGCGCACGUCGCCUCCGGGCGGCGAUCUGAGCCCCGCCGCGGCGCGCGCCGGCCUGGUGGUGCCUCCGCUGGCUCUGCCUUACGCCGCCGCGCCACCCGCUGCUUACGCGCAGCCUUGCGCGCAGGGCCUGGAGGCGGCAGGUUCUGCGGGCUACCAGUGCAGCAUGCGGGCCAUGAGCCUGUACACCGGGGCCGAGCGACCCGCGCACGUGUGCGUCCCGCCCGCGCUGGACGAGGCUCUGUCGGACCACCCGAGCGGCCCUGGCUCCCCACUCGGAGCCCUCAACCUCGCGGCGGGCCAGGAGGGUGCGCUAGGGGCCGCGGGCCACCACCACCAGCAUCACAGCCACCUCCACCCGCAGGCGCCGCCGCCUGCCCCGCAGCCCCCGCCCGCGCCGCAGCCCGCCACCCAGGCCACCUCCUGGUAUCUGAACCACAGCGGGGACCUGAGCCACCUCCCGGGCCACACGUUUGCCACCCAACAGCAAACUUUCCCCAAUGUCCGGGAGAUGUUCAACUCGCACCGGCUGGGACUGGAAAACUCGACCCUCGGGGAGUCCCAGGUGAGCAAUGCGAGCUGUCAGCUGCCCUACCGAGCCACACCGUCCCUCUACCGCCAUGCGGCUCCCUACUCCUACGACUGUACCAAAUACUGACACUCCCAGCCCGCCCUUGCCCCAGGCCCACACCGGCUUCGCCUCCCCAUGGGACCCUCUUCGACGGAGCCGCAGAAAGCGACGGAACGCGCCCCUCUCUCAGACCUGGGAGCAGAGAGCUCCGCGCAACUCGCAGGUAACUUAUCCGCAACUCGGUUUCUGAGAUCCCAGCGAGUCCCUCUAACGGGGACGCAGCCCACCGAAACGAAAUACCGAUUUUUAAAAAUUUCCUUUCCCUGUCCGGAUACUGCGCCUGCUCCCUUUGGGGCUUCACAGAUUAGUUUAUGGACCAAACCCCACAGGGACCCCUAAUGACUUUCUGUGGAGACGCCCCACGGGCGGGCGCAUGAGGUCUCUCCGGAUAAGGUGCCUUCUGUAAACGAGUGCGGAUUUGUAACCAGGUUAUUUUGUUGUUGCCCAGAGCCUUUAAUAUAAUAUUUAAAGUUGUGUCCACUGGAUGAGGCUUCAUCUUGCCCAACCGUUUCUGCCAAAUUAAAUUCAAGAAACCUAUGUGGGUUUUUUCUCCCCACAGUACCAUAAUAAAAUAGAAUUCUUUCCCCAACUGUAGUUCUUUUACAAAACAAGAAAAUAAUUUAUUUUUUUGUUGGUGGUGGAUAACAAAGUCAAUUAUCUGAUACUUUUAAUUUAGAAAGUAUGAUGGCUUUGUACAGUAGACGCCAUCUGAAGUAUUCCUAAACGACACAAAAAGACUUAAAAUUUUAACUUCAUUUGUGUUUGUCUUAUGUGGUCUCAAUGUUGUAUUUACCUUAAAAUAAACCCAUGUUGUU